AUGUCGAUACAUGGUCUCUUGGCCGCCGACUUUGUGCUAAACCCUCCCACGAGAAAUUGGGUGAAUGUGAUUCCAACCGUCACGGAGUUCAAUUCCAUUCCUUUCUUCUGGCCCGAGGCAGCCCAGAAAAUGCUUCCAGGCGCCGCAAAACGCCUGUUAGACAAGCAACGGAGCACUUUCGGUCGAGAUUGGGAGCAGUUUCAGAGCGGAUAUCCGAAGGUCGCCUCAGAAGACUACAUGCAUGCUUGGUUCGUUGUGAGCACCCGAGCGUUCUACCAGGAGACCCGGCAGACACUUCGUUAUGCUUGGCGCGAUCGCCUGGCGCUACUGCCUGUUGCUGAUUUAUUCAACCACGCGGCUGUCGGGUGCAAAGUCUCCUAUGGCGCUGACAGCCAUGAAAUGAUCGCCGACCGAAAGUAUUCAAAAGGUGACGAGGCCUGCACAUCAUACGGCGAGCAUUCAAACGAUUUUUGCUGGCCGAAGUUAAACGCCGAAGAAGCUGCGUUGCUCAAGCAGAUGAAGACUGCGGCUGCCUUGCGCCAAGUUUGCGGACCCGCAACUGAAGAGGAGGCUCUGCGCGAUGAUGAUGGAUGGUUUGAGAAGACAUCUGCCACGAUUGAUGGUGUCAAAUUGCGAGAACUUCUGACCAAGUGUCGGGGGAGAAUUCAAGGGCAUCGCCGAGACGUGUUAGCUUUGGGCGACAGCAGUGAAAGAUAUCAAGCGCUUCUGCGACAGCGCUGGGGAUGCGAAGAUAGAAAGGAGCUCAAAUGA